AUGUCUAAGGCAUCUGAGGCCAGCGCAUGGCCUGGAGCUCCUCCUGUCGCUGAGGACGGCUUCGCAUUCGCCGACGCAACCGAACUUAAGAAGCAUUUCACGUCUGGCAACGACAAAAAUCACCCCGCGCACUGGUUUGAGGCCCAACUCAUUCAAUAUGGCCUCCCGCCAUCCAAGACGAAGUCUGUCGCGCGCAUGCGCUUGUUUGACGCUGUCAAUGCAGGUAACCUCAAAGUGCCAGUCAAAGUGAGCAAACGCGAGACCAAAUUGAAGAAGGAAUGGACAAAGAACGAUCGCGAGGCGAAGAAGGGUGCGACGAGCAAACCUGUUGGGCAAGCAACGUCCGUGAAGAUUGAGACGAAGAAACCGACUGCAGCGGGCGCCAAAAGAAAGGCAAACGAUGACGAAGGUAACGCGACAGCCAAAAAGCCAAAGACCGUUGCACCCAAGACUACUGCACCCCGAGGAAACGGAUCGCGAAGGUCAACUGGCCAAGGCCGACAGACACCAAGAGACCCUUCUCCCGCUCCCAGAUUCGCAAAGCCUCAGACUGCUCGACGCGACGGCUCUUUUGCUGCCCGGGGUCGAAUACCCGCUCCGUCCGACUACGGCGAUGCUCCACCCCCAUACUCGGAAUUUCCAUAUCAAGAUUACUCCUCGGAUGAGGACAACGGCAGCGAUGACGUCGACGAGGUCAGCAUCGCACUCUUGGGUAUCUUGAACGGUGACUACGAAGUAGAAUCGCGCGAUGUGACCAAACAAUGGGAUUUUGACCCUGACGAGUUCCAAUUGACCCUCACAAUUUCUGGCAAUCGACUCUGGGGGAGAUUCAAUCUCGGCGUCUACGAAGGCGUACUCCUCAAUGAAGAACGACCCAUGCGCUCAUCUCAUGAUCGCGUGUGGUUCAAAUGGCGGGGUCGUGAAGACCAGGGACCUGUAAUUUACGGGGAUCGCAACCAAGGUUGGAUGGAGUUUCUUGGCGACGGUCGCAUUGAGGGUUGGUUGGACCAUCAGUCUCUCUCGUUCCAGGCUCGUCGACUGCCUGGGCAAGGAACGCGCAGUAGCAUUGAUGCUCGCACUCUGCAGGAUGAAUGGAACGGGUAUUCAUAUCGUUUGUACGAAGAGGAGAAUCGGGCGCGGUGGCGAUGA